AUGCGCCAGCAUUCAACUGCGAUGAGUUUUACCGGCCUCUUGGUCUUUGGAGCCUUGGGAGCGAUAUUGAUGAAUCUGAUUUCAAUACAUCAACAUUUGGAGAAAGAUGAAGGAUCGCGUAGAGAGCAAGCGUCUACUUCUCUCCGAAAGGCUUUUGCACGGAAUUACUUCACGCCGGUUAAAUCAAUAGAGGUGCCCCCUAGCGCCGACAAAAUACGUGGAUCUUUAUCUUCGGCGGAGGAGCUGGGGGAAGCAGAUCGCUUCAUCGCGCAGGAGCCAUCCAAACGAACUCUCCUAGAAGAAGUUCCACCGCUUCUUUCCAGAGAAAUCGACUUUGCGAAGCAAUCCAAAACUCUUUCGACAGCCAGCAAUCGCGAGACUCAAAGAAACGAUACUACAUCGCAAAGUUUCGCGCUGACAAAACUACUCUCGUAUGGCAACCAGACGACGCCCAAGCAACGUAGUGACGUUCCGGUUGAGUUCAAGGUACAGACCUCUUCGCGGUUUGCCUAUAGUUUUCUAGUUGGCGGUUGCGACCCCGAUAACCCGACCUACUUGGGGUACCUUUACGACAUUCUCGUAUCGACGUACAUUCAAAGACAAGACGGAAGUCGUUCGGAUGUGAUGGUGUUCUUCCAAAUGGCCUACGACUCGCCAUACGAGCACCUCCCCCCUGAGCAUACUCGUUUCCUCUACGAUAUGAACAUUCAAUACCAGUAUAUUCCGAAGCAGAAGGACGAGGGCUUCUACCGUGUCACGCUAGAAAAGUUUCGCAUUCUGACCCUGACACAAUACGAACGGGUAAUGUUUUUAGACGGCGACGUAAUGGCCCGAGGAAAUCUGGACUCUCUUUUCGAGCUGUCUACACGCGGUGUUUUGAAGGAGAAUGUGGUCAUGGCGGGCCGGGAAGAACCGGCCAACGCAGGCCUAUUCAUACUUGCUCCGCACGAAGGUGGCUAUGAACGUAUUCAAGAGUUGAUUCGCGAAAAAGAAGAGCGCGGUCGGGCGUUGCCGUACCCUCACUGGGACGAAGACAUUGGUUGGGGACAUAAGAUUGAAGAUCCGGACUGGCACGAAUUGAUUACAGGUGCAAAAGGUACGAAAUGGGAUUUUUACUGUUCGUACUCCGAUCAAGGGUUGCUGUACCACUGGAUCAAAUACGAGCGGAAAUCGGCGUCUAUCUUCAUGUCCAAACGCGUACACAACUGGGGUGUUGAUAGCGAGGAAGGGACCGAUGUCGUGUUACAGGAGAAUCUUAUCCUAAGCCGCGUCAUGAGAAAAGUAGAGAACGAUCGCAAGUGCUACAAGGGGUCCAUGCAGGGCGCUCAGUGCCGACCACCGUUCAACGAUUUUAUCCAUUUCACCGGUACGAGCAAGCCAUGGAUGCGAAAGCCUCCGGUGGACUUAUCCGAUGCCAUGUCGGAAGAAUCCCCGAUGCACUACUGGUAUUACAUCUUGUCCAAAGUCAACCAGGAUCUGAAAAUGGGUCUUGCUUUCGAGAACUGGGUGCCGUUGCAACGACCAAAAUUGGGACUGUUCCCCAGUAUUGCCAAGGUUGCAAAUGUUGUUAAAAGUAGAAAGCAAUAA